CGUAGCUAGCCUAACCACAGUGGUCGGAACGUAAAGAGAAAUAGCACGGGCACUAAUGAGCGUUCAUUCAGUUGAGAUAUCUUUGGCAGGACGACCUGUCACCCGCGGUGACACCAAUAAAGCAAGGAAAUGCAUCGGUUUACAAACUAAAAUUUAAAUUAUUGAGACUGGACAGCCGAGUUUCCGGUCAUCAAAUCGUGCUGCUGCAUGAAAACUAUGGCGAGAGGUUUGGUAUUGACAGUAUUCGUCUUUCAGACAUUUCUGUCUGCACAAACUAGGACAAUUUAUGGAUUUGACCACGCGUCUCGUUUGAAUCAAACAAAAGACAGUCAAAGCUCAGCAGAUUUAGUAACUCACUCGCCAUCAUCAGAAGUCUUAAAGGAUCAGGGGAAAUGGUGGUCCUACUCAGAAGGGAAUACAUCACUAUGGGUGACCAAGCUCCAGGAAAUACUUGCCACUCCAUUGCGGCGUUUUAACGAGGUCAAGAUGGUGCUCCCCAAAUCAGACGCCAUUUUGAAUAUCUCUGCAAGCUGCAAAGAGGACGUUAAGAUAUAUCUUCGCGCUCUACAUGAUAGUAAGCCAUGGGCGUUACAAAUGUACGAUGCCUCCGGUCGUCCUGCCAGUGCCAUUGCUGAGGGUCAUUUCCUGUGGCUAGGGUCCUUUGACCAAUGUCUAGAGACGCAGGUCCAGUUCACUGGCCGUAGCAAGUAUUGUACUGUGCACUUCCCUUUCUUAAAGACCAAGGAUUCUAGCCUCAAUAUCACCCUAGGGAUAUGUAUGUCAAGUCAGUGCAGUGAAGGUGACUUGGAGGUUCUGACCGCGCAUGCUGAUCUGCCUCUGUCCAUCAACGCCACGUUCAUGAGGCCGUUAAGUGUGCGCUGCCACACGCCAAAGCAGCUCUCCUCACUGGCGGGUGACCCGAUGGCCAUAACAGCCCUGUGUGUUGUAGCAGUGAUUAUUCUAGUGACCUGUACUUCAAGUAUUUACGAGGUUUACCAUGACAGAAUGAUGAAAAGAAACUUGCCAAUAGAUAAGAUAGAACAAGUGAGACCCCUGCCAAACAUCACGAGCCCCAUGUCUCGACCACACGAGAGUUUGCGCGUGGAGCGUUUUGCACCUAUAAUGACAGACCGCCAGUCUUUGUUAGGGUCACAAGAAGAGCCAGAAUCAACACCAAAUCUUGCGACCAAGAUCAUUGUGCUGUUCUCCGUUCCCCAGAAUGCCAAAAAGCUGACGUGCAUGAUACCAGAUGAUACUUACCUCCCAGGGUUCCCAGGAAUACAGGUUCUCAGUGUCAUGUGGAUUAUUCUAAUGCAUAUGUUUAGCAUAGGACAGUCUUCCAUAGGUAACACACCUUCCUAUUUCCCAGACAUUUUCAGCCGCUGGACUUUCAUGUUCGUAGUGGGAGCUCCAUUUGCUGUAGACACCCUGCUAACUAUCAGUGGAAUAUCAUUGACCUUUUGGACCCUCAAGGAAAUGGACAAAAAUGACGGAGAGAUUUUGAAAGUGCAAUGGCUGAAAUAUUACGCAGGACGGUUUUGUAGAUAUUCCGCCCCGUAUUUUGUUGUCCUGUUGUUAUACACGGCAUUUGAUGAUUACUGGAUUCAGGGCCCAUUGAAACCCAUCAACGUCGAACCCCACUGUCGUCAUAGCUGGUGGACGAACGUCCUCUACAUUAACAACUUCGUUAACACAGACCAAAUGUGUAUGGGGUGGACAUGGUACAUGGCGGUGGACAUGCAGUUGUACCUAGUGGCUCCCAUUAUUAUUGUGGCACUCUACAAGUCUUGGCUUGUUGGUGGAUCCAUUAUCAUUAUCCUCAUCCUUGCUAACUGGACCUCUGCCGGGGUCACGACGGGAGAGAUGAACCUACCGGCGGCCGUUUGGAUAGCUAAUUAUCAAAAUAUGUCCAAGUGGUUUCAAUGGAUAUAUAUCAAACCGUGGUGCAGACUUGGACCUUUCUUAAUAGGCAUGGCAACUGGUAACAUUCUGGUCAAGACAAAAGCUCACAGGAUUUUAACUAGGUGUGCGGCCUGCAUGGGAUGGGUGACGACCAUCACGCUCUGUGUUGCCGUGGUUUAUGGCCCCUACACACUCCACUUCACCCACUACUGGCCUGCUGGGGUGAAUGAGGUGUACAACGCGAUGGCGGCCUCGUUCUGGGGGCUGGGGAUGGCCUGGCUAGCUUAUGCGUGUAUCACCAGAUUGGCAGGUAUAGUUCAUAGCUUUCUGUCGUGGAGAGGCUGGGUUCCUCUUGCUAGACUGACUCACGUGGCCUACAUCGUCCACCCCGUGCUGCUGGAGGCUUACUUCUACAGUACCAGAUCGGUCAUCUACUUCUCCGAUGUUUAUGUGGCCCUGCUUUAUAUAGCCGUGGUGUUCCUCACCUACGUGUGUGCUUUCUUUGUUUCCCUACUCUUUGAAAUGCCAGUGGCUGCUAUGGUACAAUCUCCAGAGCUAGAAACAGAUGAUGCAACAUUUGCCUAA